AUGGAGGAGAUGAUACAGCAACAGAGGUCGUUGGCCGAGACGCCAACGUAUUCAGUUGCUUCGGUUAUUAUUGUUAUGGUCUUUGUCUGCCUUCUGGUAGAAAGGUCAAUCUACAGAUGUGGAAAGUGGUUGAAGAAGACAAGGAGGAAAGCGCUGUUUGCUUCUUUGGAGAAGAUUAAGGAAGAAUUGAUGCUGCUUGGCCUAAUAUCGUUGUUGUUGUCACAAUCGGCAAGGUGGAUCUCUGGGAUUUGUGUAAACUCUUCCCUUUUCACCAGUCAAUUUUACAUCUGUUCCGAGGAAGAUGACAGCACCAAGAAGCAUGUCAUGCUUGAAAGUUCUCCUAACAAGACUGAGAUUCCAAGAGGAUUAACUAAUUUUUCUCAUCAAUGUGGUGAGGGCCGGGAACCGUUUGUUUCUUAUGAGGGACUGGAGCAGCUGCACCGGUUCCUGUUCGUUCUUGGGAUCACCCAUGUGUUGUACAGUUGUUUGGCUGUGGCUUUGGCUAUGAGCAAGAUUUACAGUUGGAGGAAAUGGGAAAAUCAAGCGAUCUCAUUGGCUGAUGCGAAUUUUCAAGCAAAGAAAAACAAGGUCAUGAGGCGGCAGUCUACCUUUAUUUUCCAUCACACAUCUCAUCCAUGGAGCAGGAAUCGGCUUCUAAUUUGGAUGCUCUGCUUUCUACGACAAUUUAAGAGUUCUAUAGAGAGAUCAGAUUACUUGGCUCUGCGUUCGGGCUUCAUCAGUAAGCACAAACUUCCGCUUUCUUAUAAUUUUCAUAAAUACAUGGUCCGGAGUAUGGAAGAUGAAUUUCAGGGCAUUCUGGGUAUUAGCUGCCCACUUUGGGGAUAUUCCAUAGUCUGCAUAUUCGUAAAUGUUCAUGGUUUGAAUAUUUACUUUUGGCUUUCUUUCAUCCCUGCCAUUCUUGUCAUGCUGGUUGGAACGAAACUACAGCAUGUCGUCUCUUCCUUAGCACUUGAAGUGGAACAAACAGGGCCAGCUAAUGGGACUCAAGUAAAGCCACGUGAUGAUUUGUUUUGGUUUGGAAAACCUGUGAUACUAUUGCGGUUGAUACAGUUCAUCAUAUUUCAGAAUGCCUUUGAGAUGGCGACAUUUCUCUGGUCCUUGUGGGGGCUCAAGGAGAGAUCAUGCUUCAUGAAAAACCACUUAAUGAUCGCUAUUCGGUUGACCUGUGGUGUUCUUGUUCAGUUCUGGUGUAGUUACGGCACAGUGCCUCUGAACGUAAUUGUUACACAGAUGGGAUCCCAGUGUAAGAAAGCUCUUGUUGCUGAGAGUGUUAGAGAUUCGCUCCAUAGUUGGUGCAAGCGAGUAAAGGAGAGGUCUAAACAAUCACACGCAACAAGGUCAGUUUGUUCACUUGAUACAACAGACGAGAGGGAUGAGAUAACCGUUGCAUCUGGUACCUUGUCUCGGAACUCAUCCUUGGACUCCCUACAUCAAGUAACGGUAGCACCAAUGGAACAGCAACCCGAGGCUGAUCUACAGACUUCCGGACCACCUCAGCAUGACUACUCAUUUCGAGUGGAAGAGUAUUUAUCUGAUGCGGUGAGAAUGAGUGCAUCACAGCCUCCGAUAAACAGCGAUGAAGAUGAUGGAGUGGAAGAACAAAUGGAUACUCUAUUAGAGUUGUUUCAGAAAACAUGAAGGGCUUGAUUAGCAAGUUGAGGCUUCGUAAUUGGAAUCAACAGGAAUCCGACUCUGACUCGUCAUUCAACUCUAGUACAAUCCUAGCAUUUUGAUUACGGAUUAGUAAGCGAGGGCGUUGUUUAGGUUUAGAAAAUGGCUGAACACUUGGAAGUUUCUGUUAAGCCAUGUUAAAAUUCAUUCCACUGUCAGUUAAAUAUGGCUUUCUUCUACCUUCACAAGCACUUUUAUUACAAGUUCUUCCCUCUUGAACCUUACUUUUACUAACAAACGUUGUCACAUGUUCUUUUAA